AUGGAAAUACAUAGGUGUCGGUUUGUAGACUAUACGCCACAUACAAUAACGGCAACGGCUUUUUCACAUGAUUCAGGACUUCACCUAGGGGCUUCCAGUGAGUUGAGACUUGCUGUGGGAAGAUCUAAUGGAGACAUUGAAAUUUGGAAUCCUCAACAUGGAUGGAAACAUGAGUUGAUAUUGCCUGGUUCUAAGGGACGUUCUAUUGAAGGUCUUGUAUGGGCAGUUCAACCAAACGAAACACCUCGGUUAUUUUCUGUUGGUGGGUCCACAUAUAUUACUGAAUGGGAUUUGAAAUCAGGUAGGCCAUUGGCCAAUUAUGAUUGCAAUUCAGGUAUUAUUUGGAGCAUUGAUAUUAACAAGGAUAACACCAAACUAGCCAUUGGAUGUGAUGAUGGUUCUGUUGUCAUUGUUGACAUCACCGGAGGUCCAGGAUUAUUGGAGCAUGACAUGAUUUGCCAGAGACAAAACCUGAGGGUGUUGAGCAUCAAAUGGGCCAAUAACGAACGUUUGGUUGGAGGUUGUGCAGAUGCUAGAAUAAGAUGUUGGAGUGCCAGUGGUGAAACCAGAGGAAGACUUACAGGCACCGCAAGAGUCGAUAAAUCAAAAACUGAAAGUACUCUUGUAUGGUCAGUUGUCGUGUUACCAGAUAAGGGACAAGUUGUUAGUGGAGAUUCUACAGGAUCUGUUAAAUUUUGGGAUUUAGAAAACUUCACCUUACUACAAAGCUUCAAAGUGCAUGAUGCUGAUGUACUCUGUUUGACUAAAGAUAGUCAACAAGAGAAGAUCUUUUCUGCUGGUGUGGAUCGGAAGAUUCAUCAAUUUACUUUAAUAUCAACCUCUAAGAAUACAAGAUGGGUCCAUAGUUUCAAUCGAUUGUUACAUUCCAAUGAUGUCAGAACCAUGUCAACUUUUGAAUGCAAGGGAUACAGUUUAUUGGUCAGUGGAGGUGUUGAAAGAGCUAUAGUUGUUCAGAAGCUUGACCAAUUCCAAGAUGGUAAAUACAGAAAGUUGUUAAUCAACCAACAACAUUCAAAUGUGGUUGUCAACAAGGAAAACAACCUUAUUGCAUUAUUCCAAGAUCAACAAGUCAAGAUAUGGAGUCUAGUUGAUGAAAAGCAUAAGCUAGUAGCUAAACUCACAUUGGCAGAUGAUGAAAACAUAACCAGCAUUGACUUCAAUAGAGAUGCCAGUUUAUUGGUUGUUGCAACUUUGAGUUCAAUUAAAGUCUUUGAAUUGUCGGUGGCAUCAACCAAUGGGAAGUUGAAGGUUCUGAAACUUAGGGAUCUGGAGUUUUCUACUAUGAUUGAUGGUGCCAAACAAGUAAAGCUAUAUGGAGGAAAUAAGCUUCUUGUGUUGACCACUGAAGAUGAAUUAUACAAGUUUGGUAUUAAUGAAGAGGAGCAAAAGAUCACAUUAGAAGGUGAAAUUGAAACUGUGGCUACUGUUAAGUCUUCGCCUUCGAGAAUUCAGCAUUUCCAUUCGAUUAAUAAAAUGGCUAUUUGGAAAGAUGUUUUAGUGGUCUCAAGAUUUGAUGGUUCCAUUGAAGUUUAUUCACUUGGAGAAGGUCUUGAAAGCGAUGGAUAUUUAUUGACAAGGUUGUCAGUUACAGCCAACUUGUUAGAGUUUUCUGACGCCAAUAAGUUGUUGGUAGUUACAGAUGAAAACAAGCUCUACGAAUUUUACAUUACAAGUGAUGCCAAAAAUAGUAAUAACAAUAGUUUGCUUACAGAUUGGAGUAAGAGAAAUAGUGAGUAUCCACCCAGACAAUUUGUUCUAAGUGAAAAUAGACCACAAGGAAUGUUUGUUAAGGACAAUAGAUGCUGGAUCUUUGGAUCUACAUGGGUUGCAUUCUUUGAUUUGACCUUAAAUAUUCCCAUGACCAAGCUGAAUCAAGGUGUAACGUCCAAGAAGAGAAACAGAGAUGGGUUAAGUAUAGGGAAUGCUUCCGUUGUCGAUGAUCAAUUGGUUGAUGGAAGUAAUGAUGUUUAUGACUCCAAUAAUGUUGAGCUAUUAGAGCUUUCUCUCAAGCAAAGACAGAUUGAUAAAUUAAGAAAUGGUGAAGAUGAUGACGAAAAUGACGGUGUUAAAGAUAAAAUUCCAUUUUGGUUUACAUCAAAGUACAGGCCCAUUAUGACAGUAGGCGAUUUUGGUGAUGAUUCCAUUCUCAUAAUUGAAAGACCUCAAUUGAUGUUACCCAAUACUGCAGCAUUCAACCUCCCCAAGUUGAACUUUUAA